AUGUAUUAUGGACGCUUAAAUCGACGGGCGAAAUCGAAACGACUUCAAGAAGCGGAAGUUGAAAAAGUGAAAUUUGCUCAAGCAAGCGCCUUUGCUGCUGCAGCUGUUGCUAAUGCAGCAGUAAGUAGUACUCCGAAAACUUAUAUUCCAUUUGCGUAUAAUCCCAACUGACCUUCCGGUUUCGGCAGUAAAGACGGUGGUAACAGUGGUGAUGAUGGUAGCAUUGAUGGUGCUGAAGAUAGUGGCAGUGACGGUGGUGAUGAUGAUAAUUGUCGUUUGAUAAGUGCACAGAGUAAAUAA